AAACUUCUGUUUUUCCUUUGUUCUUCUCGUAUCUUUCAUGUCAAAUAAUCUUUCACUCCCAAAAUGCUGUUCUCAUGUUAACAAAUCACUCCUUAUCUUCUUACUUGUGUUCUCAGUUUCACUCGUCCUUGAGUCCAUAUGUCUGUUUUUCUGUGUUUUCACAAAUCUGUCUACACAUCCUUUAAUUACUUGAGUUACAGGAUGUCUUAUCAGAAGAAACUAUAUAUUCUGCUUGUGCCCAUUUAUUGCCUACAAACUAUAAAAUACAAUUGAUGUCUGGAAUAUAUCAACUACAUAUUUCCCAUGUUAAGGCCUAAUUUAGUGGCAGUGAGGCAAACAUCCUUUCGGGAUGUAGCUUAUGCAGUAGUUAGGCAAAUUUCAGUGUUCUCGUUUUGCGAAAGCCAAUAUACUAUUCACAGUCUGUUGGAUUCUUCUGAAUAUAAAAGUGCUAAGAAGCGGGGUAUGUAUUGCCUUUCUCUGUGUAUACAUCUAUGUAUGGUGAGAGUUGACAAACUCCUAAGUUUUCCAAAGUUGUUGAAAAGUGGGUGACUGGAUGAUUUACUUCACAAUGUACUGAGAUUAGGUGGUUCUGAAAAACUGUAUAGGAAAACAGUCUGCACUGUGACUGGGGGAAAAACUUGUCUGAAUCGGCAUCCAAGCUUAAACACCAGUCUUUUUACCUUUUGUAUAGAACUGUACCUAGAAUACUGUGACUGUGUGACAGUAAUACUGCUAUGAAGUACUUAUAUUUGGGUAAGAUGAUCCUACUGAAGCAUAUCUGCCAGGCAAAAGACCACAUAAAUCACAGGAAAGGGCCAGAAAAAGAGAUUAAAUUAUAAAGCAUUUCCAUUCAUGAAAAUGUCUUUUAAAGUCACAGCUCAGGUGAGGGGACAGCUCUGUACACCCGGAACAAAUUAACUUCUCUUCAAGGAAAGGAUUUAUUAGAUGGUGUAGCACUUCCCAUUAGGGAAAAAAACCAGAACGUGGCUGAGACUUACGUGGAGUCUCACAGCCUAAGGGCUGAGUAAACCCUGCUGGUAUCCUUAUUGUGGCUGGAAAGGUUACUAUCCCCAAGCCCAGCCUUGGGGCUUGUCACAGCUCUCCUUGUUAGAAGCAAUCCAUUAGAUAGCAGGGUUCUGUUGUUUAAGCUGUCAAAUAGGGGAAAGGCAUUAGGGAGCACUUCCGUUAAGUGCUCAGCCAUCACCUGUGGAACUAGCAGUAAUCACAACCAAGGGUAAGGACUCAGAGGAAUUAUUUUAGUUAUUGAAUAAUUUUAUUUAUUAAAUUAUUUUAGUUGGCCCAGGUUCAGCCAGAUGGGAUUGUGUAGUGGGAUGUUCAGUGCUAAACCUCUUGUGUAUCUAAACGAGGAAGGGACUCGGGUUAGUACUUUGAGUGUUUCUGAUCACCAGGAAAUAAACCAUGGCAGAAAAAUAAGAAUUCUCCAAGCAUGUCUGUAAAAUACAACAUUCUGUAGAAGCCCAUUACCUGUUAAUUUUUUUUGUUAGCAUGUUUGGCUUAGAAGGCCAAAAGGCUAUUUUUCAAAUGCAUAGCAAUUCAUCCUGUGAUCUAAAACUCUCCAACUUUUUCCAUCACUAGUAAUGAUGAAUUCUAAUUACAUCUUAGUUGAUAACUUUUUUGAGGAGCGGCUGACUAGAACCCAUUCCUGUCCUAAAUAGGCAUUUUGGCUCUGAAGGUAUGACAGAAAUAGAAAAGAGAGUUUUGUCAGUGAAAUGCAACACAGUGUAUUUUCAGUGCUUCCUUAACUGUGAGAGGCUUCCCGUCUCUCCUCUCCCUCCCCCCUGCUACCGCUUUAUAUCUUCACGUGUACCUUGGUACUUUGUUUGCAAAGCUGAGCUGCACAGGACAAAGUAGGAUCCUCUAUUCUUGAUAAAUAUUGCCAAAUCACCCCCCCCAUAAGUACCGUGUGUUUUCCUCAAGAUGCAGAAUAGCAAAGGUAGCUUAUUGUACAUCACUUCUCAACUGUUUAUAUAAAUGGAGUAUCUUUAAUACAACUCUUUACAGGAAUGCCAAGGCCUUAUUCUGUUUUCAUUGUGCUUUAGGCAACUUAAAUUUACCCUUGAAGUCAUGUAUAUAUGGACAGAUCAGCAUAUUAAGGCUCAGGAAAAUAUGAAUAUGUAGGUAAGCUUAGCAGCAUCUAAUAGCCAAGUUACUCCUGCACCCUUACAAGUGUUAUUAGAUACUAAAGCUUUUUGGUUGAGCAAACAAGUCUUCUGCCUACCAUGGACACUAAGGUUAUGAUUUUUGUGUCCUACAUGGCAUUGUGUUGCUAUUAAACCAGUGUUGCAAAUAGUGUGUAGAGCUCAUGGAAGCAAACAAGUGGCUUAAACUAAGAUACUACUUCCUAAAUGCUUUUUGAAUAGCUUUCCUCACACUUCAAUUUGUUCAUUCUUAGAUACUAAACCAGUUGGUGUUUAGAAAAAAAAACAACAGUAUUGAGGAUUGCUUAUUAGCUGCUUUUCAUUCUGCAAUUUAAGAAAAGAGAUAUUUUAAGUUAACUUGCCAUAGGCUUUCUUCUUUAGGUACAAAACUACAUUUAAUAUAACAUGAAUAAAAAUAAAAAUGGGAUUAGUUUAAAAUUGAUCUUUUUUUCCAGCUGAACUCCUAACGGGAAGUGGAGAAGGUUCUUCAUGCAUGUGUCUUUCAGUCUGUAUUUGCUUUGGAAGAAUUCAGGGAGUUGUGGAUCACAAAGAUUGAAAGAUUUAUGGCAUACACCAUGGUGGAUCUGUGCUGGAAACUGUCCGUCUGCUUUUUUUGCUAUCAAGUUGUCUUGGGAAGAGUUAAGAAGGAGGGGCAUUAUGUUGCUGCUGUGUAUGAACACGAGUCUAUACUGAGUCCUAACCCGACAGUCCUGGUUGAUCGACAGUCUGCGCUGGAACUCAUGGGCAGAAACCUAGACAUCUAUGAAGAGCAAGUAGUAGCUGCUGCAAGACAGGGGGCACAGAUCAUUGUUUUUCCUGAAGAUGGAAUCCAUGGCUUCAACUUCACCAGAAGCUCCAUUUAUCCUUACUUAGAUUUCGUUCUGCAUUCACGCUCUGUGAAGUGGAAUCCCUGCAGAGAGCCGUAUUUGUUCAAUGACACAGAGGUUCUUCAGCGUCUGAGCUGCAUGGCACUGAAGAACAAAAUAUUCCUUGUGGCAAACUUAGGAACUAAGCAACCCUGUGAGUACACUGAUCCUCACUGUCCAACUGAUGGAAGAUACCAGUUCAAUACCAAUGUGGCAUUCAAUGAUGACGGUAUGCUGGUAGCCACAUAUCGCAAACACAAUCUGUAUUUUGAAUACGCUUUUGAUACCCCUCCAGAGCCUGACUAUGAAGUCUUUGAUACCCCUUUUGCUGGCAAGUUUGGUAUGUUCACUUGCUUUGAUAUACUCUUUUUUGAGCCUGCAGUGAACCUCAUCAGACGAUACAACGUGAAACAAGUUGUAUAUCCGACUGCCUGGAUGAACCAGCUCCCGCUCCUGUCUGCUGUAGAAUUUCAACAAGCUUUUGCAACAGCUUUCAAAGUCAAUAUUUUAGCAGCUAACAUCCACCACCCUACCUUGGGCAUGACAGGGAGUGGCAUAUACACUCCAGUUAAAUCGUUCAUCUACCACAACAUGGAAGGUCAUGGUGGCAAGCUCAUAGUAGCAGAAAUUCCUGUGAUUACCAUAGAUUAUGAAAACAAUUUGGAGAGUAAUAAAAGAUUCAGGGAGAACUUACAUCACUCAUGCAAGACUUUUACAAGCACCUCACUGGAUGAUCAAGUUUGCUUUAAGGAGGGAGAAGAGACCGCUGGCAGAGCAUCAGAAAAAGGAAAGGAACAGUUACUGCCCCUAUUUUAUGCAGAAAUGAUGUAUGACAACUUUACUUUAGUUCCUGUAUGGGGGCGGAAAGGAGAGCUCCAGGUUUGUGCCAAUACCCUUUGUUGUUACUUAAAUUAUCGCAGAGCUGUUUUAACUGAUGAAUUAUAUGCUUUGGGAGUUUUUGAUGGUCUCCAUACAGUGCAUGGCACAUACUAUGUCCAGGCCUGUGCAUUAGUAAAGUGUGGUGGUCUCAGCUUUAGCACUUGUGGACAGGAGGUUACAGAUGCCACUGCUCUGAUAGAUUUCCAGCUAUGGGGAAAUAUGAGUACCCCUUACAUCUUUCCUUUACUGCUGACAUCUGGUAUUACCUUGGACUUUGCUGAUGACAUGGGCUGGAAAAACAACCACUAUUACAUAAGCAAAAAUAGAACAUCUUCUGGCCUACUGACAGCUGCUCUAUAUGGACGAUGGUAUGAAAAGGACUAGCACAGAUAUUUGACAGAAUCGGAAAACAACUUCUUGUAUGUUCAGAGUAUAUAUCUUAAUAUAAUUUGCCGAACAUCUGUACUUCCUAGAGCUUUAGGUAUGUUUGUUACGUGACUGACUGUUUAGAUUCUGCAUUUGAAAUGAUAAGUGAAGCACUUAACCUAAGGGGCUGUAAGUACAGUCUGUACCUUGGUAGCUUAUAUUCUACCACAAGUAAAAGAACUGCCUCGCAAGGUAAA